AUGCCGGCAUUCGGAGAGAGUGGUGUUGAGUGGGAGUGCGUGGCUCGUGAGUUCCGUGCCAAGUAUACUGGUGCUCCCAGUGAGAGCGCGUCUUUGAAAGCGGCAAACGCUGUACUUACCGAAAUGCUGCCCGAAUUCAAGGCCAUUCCGGGAUUUGUCGAGGUACCAUCAUUGAAGAUUAGUGGUUUCAGGUUUGGAUAAAUUAUACGUAGUAAGAUGAGAAAGAGAGGAGUAGAUGAUCAAGGACGACGACUAAUAGGAUCGACCAAAAGAAGAGCACGGGAACAUGAUGAUUGGAAGAAGAUCGAUUAAGGGUGGAGAUGAAGAUUCGCAUGUCGUCUUCCAACUCAUCUGUGUCAUGAUCAGGCGAAGCGUUUCGUUUGCGGUGAAUGCGGUGACAUCAAAUUAGUGGUUUCUUUGAAGGACGCUGAUUUUGGAGGCUGGGCUGGCAAGGAUUUUGCGCCGGGCGCUCAACUGUUGGAAAAGUGGGGCGCUAUUGAAGGCCUUUCCGCCAUCGAAACGCAGAACUACACCAUUGCUGCUAUGUAAUGGUCGCUAUUAUGUCGUGGUCUGAGAUAGAAGCUUGUUGUUGUUCAUGCUCUGUGUAGGCUUGGCCUUGGGCUUCCCGUCUUGGAGUUUGUCGCGGGUAUUCUUCCAGCUUUGUGAAUACGAUCCACGCUGGGCCAUCGAAGUAAGAGAUGACAGCGGAGCUCUGCCGUCAUUCCUCUGAAUUUGAUCAAGCGGGCUUGUGAGAAUUUUCUGAAGAUCAUAAGUAUCUACCUUCACGGAGUUCUGUAUGACCCGUUGCUCCUACUACACACACUUUUAUUACAGUCUGAAAAUACUGCAGAAAGCUUUACUAUUAUGGUGUGAGUUAAAAAAGUGGCUAUUUUAGUAGGCGCUUUUGAGCUAAAAAACAUCUGAAAAAGUGGUGAAGUAACCUCCUCCCAUAACAGGACUCAUGGCCUUUUCCCCUUAAUAUAGUCAGAGGCUGUGGCGCUGCAAAUCUGGAUUGGCUUUUGCACGUAAAACGGCGAAGGUUUAGGUCCAGCGACGCUCAAAGCACAAACAGCCGGCUUGUUUUCCUCUUUCUACUUCUAGGCUAUCCCUUCAUGCAAAUUAUUAUGGUGGUCGUAUUUGUGUGGUUUGUUGUAUUUUUUUCAUCAUUUUGAUACACUCGAGCGCGGCGUAUUGCAACGGACGCAUACACGAACGAAGUUCGCUUGCGUCAUUUACAUUGCAUUAAGUAGAUUGUAGGCCUCACAACCAACAACAGUUUCAGGAUGAAAGAUGAUCUGAAGCUUUAACAUAAUGUUGUCGUGUGACGCAGGUGCAUCAA